CCCACACUCCACCCACUCUCCCGUUCUCUCCCCCCAGACACCCAGACAGCCUUCAAAACACUUCUCGUCGCUCCUUCACACACUUCUCCUCUUCUUUCUUCUUCACCCAUCCACUCUCUCACAUAUACAGACUUCGUUGGCAAAGUCAUUCUCGUUUUAUACAAAACCUUCUCAAUCAAACACACACUGUUCGAAACAGAAAACACCACACUCUCUCAAAUUUCAAAUUCCGGUCGCAAGUCGUACCCAAUAUCAACAACAGUCACUCCCUCACGCGCAACGCAAAAGCAAGUUCUCAGAACAACAAGAAGCCAGAGGUUGAAUCUCGACUUACACAACACUACAACCACAUAACAAACCUACCAAACCAAACCUCACCAACCACCUCAAUCAAUUCAAGAUGCAACUCAUCAACUUCACCCUCGCGGCCCUCCUCCCCCUCCUCGCCCUCGCGCAGGACACCACCGUCGCAACCACCACCUCCACCGCGACCAUCACGCGCACCAUCCACGUCUCCCAGGUCAGCACCGUGACCCUGACCUCCUCCUCCUCCAUCGCCCCAAACACCACCUCGAGCUACAUCCUGCCUGCCACCGCUAUCGCCCAGAACGCCACUACUCCCAUCGGCACCGGCACCGGCGGCGUCGUCGUUCCCACUUCCACUGAUUCCGGUGCUAAGCCCAGCAGCUCUGUUGGCGCGGCACCGGUCGUGUCGGCUUCCAACGCUGGACUUCUCGGUUUCAUUGCCGUUGCUGUUGCGGCUUUGUUGUAAGCGCGUCGAGCGCGGUGCAAUAUUCGAAAUCGUUCGAUGCGAUCAUCUACUCUUGUUAUCAACGCAUUCACGCCCUGCAUGUGCCUCCGACAUCUUUGAAAGCGACUCUGCCCUCGCCCAAGAGGCUGAUGCAUUACUUGUUACUUACUUUUUGUUCCCCGACUUUGGGGCUUCUUUGUCAUCUUAUGGCUUUUGGGAGAGGGGGAGGGAGGAAUGGAGUUAGGAGGGGGGGUUUUGGGGCAAACAUUUGCAUCAUCUCACUACUCCUUUUAAUUCAUAUCCUUCUUCUCUCUCGUCUUCCCAUUUUACGCUUCUCGAAUACCCACCUUUACAAUCUUGUUAUUUUGUGAAGUACCUCUUCGUCGUUCUUGCAAUCGAGCUAGACACCAAACCUGGUUUUCUUUCACUCAUGUGCGCGCCGCGGGCUGUGCCUCCUGGGGUCUAGCCGAUUGCAUCAACUCCUCUUUUUAACUACUACUUUUUUUUUGUUCGUGUGUCAGGGGAAGGGAUCUCUCGGGUGUGUUUGGGGGUUUAUUCUAAUUGUUGUGGCAAAGGGGGACGGGGAGAUCCAGUGUGUUUGUUGUUGGGGUGAUGUGGCAAGGGGACGUGACGGUCUGGGUACCAUCACCGAUGCAUUCCGUUACUUCGCUCGUUCCGCCGGCUGGUGGGAUGGCGCUUGAGGUUUGCUGGUGGGAGCUGAUGUUUGGGAAAUCUUACUUCUUCGUUGAUCCCACUUGUGGGGAGUGGAUUUUUGACACAGAUGGCUUGGUGUUUGGUGGCUUGGUGGAUGGAUGGGGUGUUGGAGUUCAUGUAGGGGAUGUGGAGGGCAUGUAGCGAGCGGAUGUGGAAAGGGAAUGCAUUUUGUGUUCGAUAUA